AUGUCAGCCAAUGCUACAGCUCCAAACCAGUCUAAUAGUAGUCGAAGAAAAAAUCGUAUGAAAGCCCAGUUUGGAGAUGAAGACAUACCUAUUGUAUUUACUGUGCCUGGUGGACAUGAUUACUUACAAAGAAGAUUAUCAAAUACCAAAGGGACUGCUUUUAUAUAUGACGAACGCAUGUUACUGCAUGAAAACACAUGGUUUCCUGAUUUUGUUGAGUGCCCUAAACGCCUUUCUGUUACUGUGGAAAAAUGUACAGCUUAUGGAUUGAUAUCUCGUUGCUUGGUGAUAAAUCCUGAACCAGCAAGCGAUGAAUUACUCUCACGUUUCCAUAAAACAGAAUAUAUUGAACAAGUUAAGGAUACUACAACAAUGAGUGACAGUGAAUUGAGGGAGUUGAGUUCUACCUUGGAUUCUGUUUAUUUUAAUGAGCAUACUGAUCUGUCCGCCAGGCUAUCUGUUGGAUCAUGGAUACAAGCAGUUGAUAUGGUUCAUCAUGGUGAUGUGAAGAAUGCUUUCUGCUUGGUUAGACCUCCAGGUCAUCAUGCAUUGGAGAAUGAAGCGUGUGGAUUUUGUAUAUUUAACAAUGUGGUGAUUGCCGCUCAAUAUGCUAUGGAACAAUUGAAUUAUAACCGUAUACUCAUAGUCGAUUGGGAUGUUCAUCAUGGAAAUACCACUCAGUAUGCAUUCUAUGAUAAUCCAAAAGUUCUUUACAUAUCCAUUCAUCGUUAUGAUAAUGGGAAGUUUUGGCCUAAUCUUCGUGAAUCAAAUUAUGACUUCAUUGGUACUGGUCGUGGUCGAGGUUUCAAUGUAAAUAUUUCAUUGAACGAGAAAGAUGUUGGAGACUCAGAUUAUUUGACAAUAUUUCAUCGUAUUGUUCUGCCUUUGGGAUAUGAGUUUGACCCAGAAUUGGUGCUCGUUUCUGCUGGAUAUGAUUCUUCAUUUGGUUGCCCUGUGGGUGAAUUAAAUGUUAGUCCUUCGCUAUAUGCUCAUCUUACGCACAAACUUAUGGCUCUUGCUGAGGGAAAACUGAUCAUUGGUUUAGAAGGUGGUUAUUAUUUGGAGAGUUUAAGUGAAUCGAUAGGUCAUACUCUGUCUGCUUUGUUAGGUGAUCCAAUGCCAUCUUUAGAACCGAUUAAACCUGUCAAUCCAAGUGUUUUAAAAUCAAUAUCAAAUUGUGUAUCUACACUUAACUUUCGAUGGAAAUUAUUACGUGUAUUCCCAUUAUCGAAAACUUUACCGUUUCCUGAUUUGAGUCAUUUGAAAUUACAGAGCUGGUCAGACGUCAAAGUGCCGAAUUUUGAACCAACUGAUAAAAAUCACAAUCUCAAAGAUAAGUUGAGAAUAGAUACAAGGCUGGAGUAUCUAAAGUCUGCGCAUUCAGUAGCUUGUAAUACUAAGAUAACCGGAACCUGUUUGGUGUAUGACAGUAGAAUGGAGAAUCAUAAGCAUGAAACAGAUCCUACUCAUCCAGAAACUCCAAAUCGUAUUAGACGCGCUUAUGAAAUGUUGGAUGAACUUGGUCUUGCACGUCGCUGUAAACGUAUCGAAGCUCGCUCUGCCAGUCAAUCUGAACUAUUACGUGUGCAUACAGAAGAAUACAUAAAUACAAUAGCUUCAACUGCUGGUAUGGAUCAAUCAACAUUGAAUGAAAUGUGCUCUGACGAAAUAUCAAUAUACUUUAAUCGGCAUACUUAUGAUAACGCUUGUUUGGCUAGUGGUUCUAUCUUAGCUGUUGUAGAUGAAGUGUGUUCCGGCGGUAGUUUAAAUGGAGUGGCUAUUAUUCGCCCACCUGGUCAUCAUGCAUUCAAAGAUCGUUGUAUGGGAUUUUGUUUUUUCAAUAAUAUUGCAAUCGCUGCUAAACAUGCACAACAAGUAUAUGGAUUAGAAAGAAUCGCAAUUGUCGACUGGGACGUUCAUCAUGGAAACGGUACAGCGAAAAUUUUUGAAGAUGAUCCCAACAUUUUAUACCUUUCGGUACAUCGGUCUGGGCGUACCGUUAAUGUUGCAUGGAAUGGGAGACGUGUUAAAGACGGGGAAUAUAUAGCUGUAUUCAGUAAUAUAUUCAUCCCAAUACUAUAUGAAUUUCGACCUCAAUUGAUUCUAGUUUCUGCUGGUUUCGAUGCUGUUCGUGGAGACUGGCUGGGUGGACUAGGUGUAUCACCUGAAUGCUUUGGUCAUCUUACCCACUUACUAAUGACAGUGUGCCAUUUAAAUCCAUCUUCAUACACGUUAAAUCAAAAUCAGAAUGAACACCAACAAGUCUCCUCUUCAAGUGGAACCAGACAGACACGUCAACGACUGAAUCAAGAGAAGUCAGCAUCAUAUUCCGGUGGAUUGAUUAUUGCCUUAGAAGGUGGAUAUCAGUUGGCGGGUACAGCUGAAUCAGUUUGUCAUUGUGUUUCUACUCUACUGGGAGGGAGUUUACCACGAUUAACGACUAAUCUUGUAGUAUCUGAGAAAGCAUCCAAGUCUAUACAACAGACAAUUCAAAUACACAAAAGUUAUUGGAAAAUGCUGGAAGGUUUCGAUCCAGUUGACUGUUUUUCGGAUCCAGUUUCAACUCAUCGCCUGAUGAAUCGUAGAAAUACACGAAAAAACCCUACGAAUACUACCUCUACUCCACAAAAUAAUUUGAUUCACUCGCAACUGGAAACUUUAACAGUAGAUGAUGAAGUUCCAGCACAGUUCGCAUCAUCUCCACGUGAUGAUAUCUCACAUCUUGUCAAUACCUCAUUAUCUAUAGGUAUCAGUGAACAAGCCACUGUAAUCACAGGUUUAACGUCUAUGACUCCAACAAGUAUGGGUACACCAGUUCAGCAUCAGCCAAAUUCCCUUCAAAGUGAAGUGUCAACAUCACAUCAAGCUUCAAUUGUUGACCAAAUAUUGUCUACUGGUGUAGUAUCCCCGUCAUCUGGCACACUUCAAGAAACUGCUACUAUUCCACAACUAAUUGAAGAAUUAUCAAAUUUAAGAGUUAGCUUUCCAGCUACAGAUACAAGUGAUCGACCAAGUCUAGCGUCAGAGUUUGUACACACACUGCACGUACAGCAUAAUCAACCAAAUAUGUAUGUAGUAUCCGGUGCCAGUGAAUCCACUCUAGUAAAAACUACAGAUAGAGAUCAUGAUGUAGCUCAACCUCAACCAUCUACUUCAAAUGAACUUGUCACAGUGGCAACUGUACAAGAUUUAAUGAAUUUGACUAAUGUUGCUUCAGAAGAUAUUUAUGAUUUCUUUGGAUUGCCGGAUUCACAUGAAUUACCAUCUCGUAUAUUCACUGUAACACCAUUAUCUUGGUGUCCUCAUUUAACAUAUGUACGGAGUAAUCCAACCUGGCAGCCGGAUGUAAAUGCUUUAUGCAGUCGGUGUGAUAAUCAGAAUGAGAAUUGGGUUUGUCUAUCAUGCUAUGCGGUUUAUUGUGGUCGUUAUGCUAAUUCGCAUAUGAUUGAACACUUUUCAUCUUUACAACAUCCUAUUGUUCUCAGUUAUGCAGAUUUAUCAUCAUGGUGUUAUGAGUGUGAAUCUUAUGUGCAUAAUGAGGUGCUAUUGGAAAUGAAGCGUGCUGCUCACCGAGCAAAAUUCGGAAUAGAAAUGCCAGGUUCUUGA